AAGGUGGCAGUGUUUACAGUCACUUCUGGUCAUUUUCACACUCAUUGUGGCUUUUAUGUUAGUUCCUGAUUUUACAUCUUUUUUUGAACACUUCUUUAAAAACCUCACAGCCAAAGAACUGACUGCUCGACAAACAUCAUGAAAAUACUCCCUUAAACUUCACUCUGUUGCAACAAAGAUGGCUGGGACUCUGACUUUUCUUCUUGUUUGUUCUCUGCUGCAGGGUGCUCUGUGUGAAAAGUGGGCCAUCAAUAUGCCACAGAAUAUAAAUGUCUUGAGAGGAUCCUGUGUGACCAUCCCCUGCUCCUUUGAUGUAAACAGCGACCAUGAAAAAAACUUAGAUCAUACAUGUAAAGCAUAUUGGAGUGAUUCACAUCAAUUUAACAGUGAAAAUGCAAAACUAAAGCCAACUAAAGACAUGACAGGAGAUCUAACAAAGAAAGACUGCACCACAACUUUCAGUGAUGCAAGUCUUCUUCAAAGUACUAAAUAUUACUUCAGACUGGAGUGUAAUAAUGACCUGAAAUUCACUUAUUCACAAGCUGGUGAGGAUAUUUCAGUAAAAGAUGUUCCUCCCUCUCUGACUCUGACUCCAUCCACACUGGAGGUGGAGGAGGGAACCUCAGUGAGUCUGACGUGCUCUGCUCCAGCUCCAUGUUGGUCUCAUCCUCCAGCUCUGACAUGGACCCCUAACCUGGGUCAGAGUCAGGAGACACUGCAGGAGAAUCAGGACAAAACUAAAGUCAAGACCUCUGUUAUGAAUUUCACUGCUUCUCACCUCCAUCAUGGAAAUAAAAUCUCCUGCACUGCUGUCUACAGGAAACAAGAUGGUAGCACUGAUGUCACUGCUGAAACGAGUUUAACUCCUGAUAUUUCAUAUUCACCGAAAAACAUCACAGUUUCAGUCAGUCCCUCUGGUCCAGUACCAGAGAACAGCAACAUGACUCUGACCUGCAGCAGUAAUGCCAACCCAGCAGUGAGGAACUACACCUGGUACAGAGCUGAUGGAGACCAGGAGACUUUUAUUGGGACUGGAAGCUCUUUUAAUGUUACUGUUUCAAAAGUCAAAAGUUCAUUUUUCUGCAAGGCUACAAAUGCACUUGGAUGUGAACGAUCAAGAAACCUACAAAUAGAUGUUCAAUAUUCACCUAAAAACGUCACAGUUUCAGUCAGUCCCUCUGGUCCAGUACCAGAAAACAGCAAUGUGACUCUGACCUGCAGCAGUAAUGCCAACCCAGCAGUGAGGAACUCCACCUGGUACAGAGCUGAUGGAAACCAGGAGACCUUUAUUGGGACAGGAAUGAGUUUAUCUAUUAAAGUCUGCAGAGACACACGGGCUUUGUUUUGCAAAGCUGAAAAUGAAAUUGGAGUUGGACGCUCCAGAAACAUGCAAAUUGAAGUUCAGUAUCCUCCACAGAUCCUGCUCUCAUCACACUGCAGCUCAACACAAAGUCAGCUCAACUGUUCCUGUGAGACUCUGGGAAACCCAUCCCCCACUAUACAGUGGUAUUUGAAUGAACUACCUGUCAAUCACUCUAAAUGUGAAAUAUUCAAUGAGACUCUGAACAGGACAAUUCUGAGGAGCUUCUUCACUCUGAAUCAGCCUCAUAAGAAGGAUCGUCUCACCCUGCUUUGCCGCAGCUUCAACUCUCUGGGCUCAGCCAGUCAACAAUUUUGUGUCAGCAGCCAACAGAUUUCCACAGAACAUCGACUUCUGUAUCCAGCGAUAAUAUCCACUCUUGCAGUGCUGCUGUUAGCACUGCUACUAUAUGUGUUUUUUAUCAGGGUUCAGAAGAAUCCCUGUAAAAAUAAAGGUCACUUAACAGAUGAAAACAACACAGUUGCAAUGAGUCAGCCUCUGACUGAAGAAGGAAAUGAGGAACCAAACACAACAGAAGAGUGCAUUUAUGCAAACGCUGAUGGACUGAGAAGGGCAGAAAAUCUACACCCUGCAAACAUCGCUGGACCAAGCAGCACUGACUUGCCAAGCUCUGGGCCAAAAAAUGCAGAAGGAGGAUGCAAAAAAUCAGACAAGAAAGGGGACGAGAACGAACUGAUUUACUCUAAUGUGAACUGGAAGAGGAAGAGCAAGAAAAAGAAGGGUGAAAAAUCUUUGGACAUGAAUCCACCUGGCAGAUCUUAUUUGGGAGAGGAGAAGUGCAUGGUGAGGGGAGUUAACAGAAAUUUUGUGAGCAAUGCAGUAGAAAUGGGAAGCCUGUAUGCUCAAGUGGAGCCUAGAAAUAUGAGGAAGGAAGUGGGGUGUGAAUAUGCACAAGUCAAAUUUAAAGAACCAAGGGCUAUGCAAAAAUAGAUGUGUGUUGUAAAGAAAUAUGUACCCCUGAUUUCCUGAUGUCUUCCUUUUUGCAUAUUGGUCACACUUACGAGUUUCAGGACAUUAAACUAAUAUUAAUAUUAGGAAAAAAUAACCCAAGUGAAUUCAAAACACUUUUUAUAAAAUAGUCCAAAUCUAUAACAAUGUUUGAUUAUCUGAAACAUUUUAAUGUGACAAAUAUGGAAGGAAAUAAGAAAUCAGGAAGCAGACAAAUACUUUUCAUGGCAUAAUGCAACCAUUUGCAUCCUCGAGCUUACUACAAAAUAAAUAAAUAGCUGGUCUGUUGUCUGGGUGUGUCCUUGACACAUUUAGUCACACUGUGGCAAAGACAUUGAGCAAUGCAAUUAUAAUCCCUUUGUUCAGGUCAUGGGCUUGUUUAGCACAGUAUCUCAGAUACUCCCUGAAAAGGUCAAAGACUGGGUCGCUACCAAGUGGCUACAACUGGUCCAAGGAGACCUGUUAGAGAAGCUGGGAGAAGCUCUGGACAUGCAGUUUGCAUGCUUGAAAUUUGCUGGUAAUUCAUUUUAGUCUGAUUAGCCUGCAACAAACACAUGGCCCUGAGCAUGACCCAGUUAUAGUCUAGCUUCAUCUGGGAUGUGAUAAGGCCUUCCUAUUAUUGAAUGCACCAAAUUCCAAGUAAUAAAAUGCAAAAUUAUUUUAGUGGCCAGCUAUAAAUAGUCUAUGCUCGAACCAUUUCCGGCCUUCAUGAAAGUAAAUUUGUAGAAGAUGAUGAAAUCUUUUUUUGGAACAAUCUUUUAAAAUAAUUUUAAAAUUUAAAAACAAUCUUUUAAAAUAAUUUUAAAAGAUUAAAUAUAAAAUAAUUCAUAGAAUAUAAAAUAUAGAAUAUAACUGCACAAACAUCUGAAUCUUAUUGUUUAGCUGUUUUGUGUGUUUGUUGUAUUAACAUGCAAUUGCAGGAAAAGUGUUGAUAACUGUUCUGAUAAUUAGUUGUUGUAUUGUGUACCCAAUCACACACUAUCUAUAUAUAGACGUGAUAUUAAUAUAUUUAUAAUAUCAUGAUAAGCAGACAUGAUAAUUAUGAAAUAUACAAGGACCAUUCACAGUGAGUUGUGCUUGAUUUAAGUUUCUGUCUUGUUGUAGGCUAUAAAUAGAAUUAAUGAUAGUUUUUUUCAAUAAAUUAUUUUGUCAAACUUUUUUUUUUUUAAUUCAGUACAUCUGGGAUUUUUGUCUUUUGUUAAUGUGCUUUGGUGUUUUCGAGUUCACUCAUGGAUUCACUCAUGCUAUUUCGUAUUCGUAGAAUGUAUUCACUUGGUACAACACACUAGAUUUGGGGGUGACUGACUGAUAUCUUGUGGGUUUUCUUUCCUGUACCUUUGUCCUCUAAGGUGUAUGACGUCAUUUCACUGAGUAAAUGUUCUGGGUUGCAUUGGCUGAUAAUAAUAUUUGUUCAUCACCUGAUCUAACCCGAUUUUGAGUUCCCACGUUCCUCCUUAUUGCAUUAUGAAAAGUGAUGUAUAAAUAUGUAUGUAAUCAUUUUUCAAAGAACUUACGUUAACACAGGAAUCUGUCCCAAUCCAUCUAACCUUUGUUGUGGAAGUUUUUCCACUUAAAUAAAGCCUGCAGAUGA